UCUCCCUCCCCCACCACCCCUACUACAACUCUCCCGCCCACCCUAGCCCCGGCCCCGGCGCCUGACCGAAGAAGAAUGUGCUGAAGGCCAGGGGCGGCGAUGCCAUCGGUCCCACUCAGUUGGCUGUCGCUGGCGAUGGCGGUGUUGGUGCUGGCGGCGCGGCUGCUGGCGGACAACCCCAUAUGCGGGGUGAGGCAGCAGCAGGCGGCGGGAGGGGGCAGCGACGUGCCGGAGCUCACGGCCCGCCAGCCGGGCGGGUGGCCUUGGCAGGUGAGCCUGGAGCUGGCCACCGAGAACAAGCACUUCUGCGGCGGGGCGAUCAUCAGCGAGUACUGGGUGAUCACGGCGGCUCACUGCUUCAUCCCGCCCGUCCCCCAGAACCUGCAGGAGAUCGUGGUGGUGAGCGGCCUGAGCAGGCAGAUGAGGCCCGAGCAGUGGGUGCGCUACUCCAGCCCGCACGACAUCAUCAUGCACGAACAGUUCAACGAGCAGACGGGCGAGAACGACAUCGCCCUGGUCAGGAUGGUGGAGCGCAUUAGCUUCGGCGCGCACGUCUUGCCCGUCUGCUUCCCCAACAGCGAAAUCUUCUUCGGCAACACCUGGUCGCCAUGUUACAUCACCGGGUGGAUGAAGUCCGGCGAGGAGACCACCGACCUCCUCCAGGAAGCGCCCGUCUCCUUCAUCUCAUUCAAAGACUGCAACGAGACCAUCUUCAGCGGCAAGCUGCAGCCCACCAUGAUGUGCAUGGAUUCCGAGAAGAGCCAAGACCUCGCCUGCCACAUGGACUCCGGGGGCCCGGUGGUUUGCAAGGUGAAGGGAGGGCGCCAGUUUUACCUGAUCGGGGUGGUGAGCUGGGUGAGUGACUGCGCCCAGCGCUGGCCCGGCGUCUUCACCAUGACCAAGUCUUACCUCGCCUGGAUCCAGGAUGUCACCUCCCGCUAUGGGAAGAUGUUUGACUUAAAGGAGUACGGCGCCGAGAGCACACUGCGGCAGCAGAGAUCAUCGGUGGCCACCAACACCAAACAAGCCAAAGCCCACACCAACCAAACCUGUGGCCAGGCGACCAUGGCGGCAAAAGCCGCGAAACCCACUGACAGCUUCACACUGACAGAUUCUGGGAACCUCUGCCGUUCCCCACUCAUUUGGUUAGCAGUGGCCCAUCUCCGCUCACUCGUGGUCCUUGUGCUCGCAACAUGAGGCAGAAACUGGCAGCGGAGGAAGGAAUAGAGGCUGAGAGGCUCCAGGCGGCAUCACACCCUUCACAGGCUUAUGCGACCAUGCCCAAACCUGACUCAGAUGUAUCUCUACGAAGAAGAGUAGUUUUUUUUUCCUGAUUAGAUUUGAAUAUUAAAUAUUUAUUGGAAUGGAAAAGCAUAUUUGCAAAUGGCCUUGGACGUUUUUGGUCUUUGGAUGUGAACCAAUAGAUGGAAGCUAAGCAUCCAUUUAGAGAUGUCUAUGUGAAUGGCCGUCAAUUAUAUUUCACUGAAUCACAAGGUGUCGUUUGGAUCA